UUCCGGUUCUAUUUUGGAGACCGACGUGUGUUUCUGUCAAGCUGUCAUCGUAAGAAGUAUUUGUCGGUUGAACGAGUGUCGAAGAGGACGUUUGAACUAAAACGUCAGCUGUAGAAAUAAAUCAGAAUACAAGUACAGACUUACCCAAAUCAAGAUGAACUGUGAGAACCUACUAUACCUUUGUGCUCUAUGUAGUAUCUAUACUACCAGUAUCAUACUCGCCAAGCAGGCAGACUACUAUGAUGUGUUGGGCCUAAAGAAAGGUGCCACAGAUAAGCAAAUCAAGAGAGCAUUCAGAAAACUGGCACUGAAGUUUCACCCAGAUAAAAACAAGGAGAAAGGAGCAGAAGAGAAGUUUAGGGAAAUAGCUAAAGCAUACGAGGUCCUGGGCGACCCAGAUAAAAGGAAGCAGUACGACAAGUAUGGCCACAAAGAUGACCAGCAGUUUGGAGGUGGAGGCGGUGGUGGCUUCCCAUCUCAUAGUUUUGACUUCGGUGAUUUCUUUAAAGGAUUUGAUGAUGCAUUUGAUGCCCAUAAACAAGGACAUCAUAAGCAUCAACAGGGAUUCAAAUUCUCAUUUGGAGGCAACGGUGGAAGUUUCUUUAAUUUUGAUGAUUUGUUCGACGAUAACGAUGAUGACGAUGAGGAUUAUAAUGAUGGAAGUCAUUUUUUCGAAGACUUUUUUCAUGAUGAUGAUGAUGAUGAUGACUUCUAUCAAGAUGGAUUUGGCUUUGAAGAUGAUUUAUUUGGUAACCUGCAUCAUCACAAUCAAUAUGACCAUGCUUCCAAUCAUAAAAAUAUUCAUAAUCAGCACCAAAAGUUCCAUCAAAAUACUCAUGAAAUGCACCAAAGGAAUCACCAGCGAGCACACCACCAUCACCCACACCACAACCACGCCCAAGCACACGCCUCCAGCUACACACAAGGUGGCAGAACAUGUAGAACAGUGACACAGAGACUAGGCAAUAUGGUGACUACACACACAGAGUGCUCUUGAGUGCUACACAUACAUGUAUGUUCAACAUCUAUACAGAGUGCUCCUGAGUGGAACAUACAUGUGUGUUCAACAUCUAUACAGAGCGCUCCUGAGUGGAACAUGCAUGUAUGUUCAAAAUCUACACAAAGUGCUCCUGAGUAAAUCAUGACUUCAUCAUACAGAGUGCUCCCAAGUGCUAUAGAUGGACAUCACAUGUGCAAAUAAGUGCUCCUGAGUAUCAUCAUACAGAGGGCUACACUUCGAAUGUACAUCAUGCAUACAAAGUGUUUCUGAAUGUCAUGAGUUCAUCAUACUGAGGGCUUCACUUGCACAUGUACAUCAUGCAUACAAAGUGCUCCAGAGUAUUAUACUGAGGGCCAUACUUGCAAAUGUACAUCACAUGCAUACAAUGUGCGCCCAAAUAUCUUGAAUUCAUCUUAGUCAUAUAAAUAUUUAGGAUAAUGUAUUCAUCACAGUUCAAAUGACCAUGUUAGAAGAAAAUGCAUGGGUCCAGAAUUGAAGGUGUUGUUCAUUACAAAAUGAAUUGGCCCACAGAAAAGAGCAUGCACUAUCCUGAAGGGCCAUGCAUAGGGCCAGCAGCUGAAUCAAUGGCACUCAUGAUGUACAUGUACAAAGUGCUACUUAGUAUCAUGAUCUCAUCAUACACACAGAGAGCUCCUGACAGUCAUACGCAUGUGUUCGGUACUGCUAGUCUUCAGUUCAAAUGUAUAUCUGUGAUAUGGUUAUCAGUGAAGGCAUUGAAAAGAAACUUCAGCUUCAGAAACACUGCCAUGUGCAAACUGCUUCCUUGAAAUAUCCUUGUGAUAAAUAUAUGACAUAUCGACAGGCUAAUCUGUAUGACCCGUGUCUAGGACUAUGGAUCUGUUGGAUUGUUUCAUAACGUACCUCACCUUGGAUUUGAGAGAGUAGCGAGUGUUUGAGUGAGCUUAUUAUCAUGGGGAUAUAAUGUAGAGAGUUGUAGAGCAAUUAUAUGUCGUAUGGAGAGAGAAUAUCCUGCUUUACGGGUUGUGUAAUUAUGUUUUGUUGGAAAAUAUAUAGAGUUUUAUAAAUAAGAUCAGAUGUACUAUGUACCAUAACAUAAAUCACUUUGUGCCUCCAAAAUAGGUUGUGGGACAGCUAGAACUUUAACAAAAUUACUUGUCAUAGUUACUAAUUAUAAAGGAUAGUUGUUUUUAGUAUACAUAUUCGGCCAUAAAAAAUGAGGACUAGUAAUUUUUUGUUUGCCUAUCCUUUCUAUUUAUUUAAAAGGAAUAUCUAUGAUAUAAACAGAGAAUAAUUUUAGUGAAAUCUUGAUAAAAAAAAUUACCAAAUGUUAUGACAUAAGCGUUUAAGACCUGUAAAAUGUGCUGAGCAGAUUUUUUUUUUGAUUUUUUUAGGAAGAUUGUACAAAUUCUACAAACAGAAAUAAUGGCAAUACACACACACAGAAGAAUAUAGAUAGUGAUAUUAUAAUAACAUGCUUCUUUCUUUACCUUUCCAACUUUAAUGGUUUCUAGUCACAUCGCUUGAAAGACCUAUAGCUACCAUGUACGUGUGUAAAAGUUUUGUGUAAAUGUUUAUAUAAACUUGAAUGCUUCCUAUCCGUAAAUGUGAUAUGAAAUACAUGUACAUGUAGUUUAUUUAGUGUUUGGAUAUAGAUUAUUCAUUAAUUGGUGACUGCCAAAAUGGCAAAAUGUGUAAUUGAAAUUACUUAUUGUCUGAGUUAUUGAUAAAUAGUGUGUGAAGCUUAAAAGCUUAAAUAUGCAAUUAAGUACCGAUGAAAGUGAUUUAAUUAUACAUGGCAUGGUCAUAACGGAACAUGCAUUUCCAAAAGUGCUUUGCUUAAAGGAAAACAUGGACUGCUUUCCUUUAUCGUGGUUUUAAUAGUUUUUCUGGUUCUAGUAAUGCUUAAUAAUUAGUGACACCUUUUAAAGGUACAAAAGAUUGCAUGCUUUCAUAAUGAUAAGGUAAAACUGUAAUGUUAACAUGAAGAAUAAGGAUUAGAAACUCUUUAAAUACAUAAAUCAAAAGUAUGGAAAUUAAGAUAGCAGAUAUCCUUUGGUACUUCAUAGCAUAUCAAAAAUAGAUCUCUACACAAGCUGUCAAAUACUAACUGAUAAUACGUACAGUACAACAUUUUUGGAAUCACAAUUUUCCUUGCAAUGGCUCAGGUACUUGUCAUGUUCUAAUAAGUUCAUGUAAUUAUGUUUCAUGAUUAAAAUUAAGUGAACUUGAGUGGUAUUGAGUUUGCUGCUGAUAUUGUUAUGUGUCUUGUUGGAUCCGUUUACUUUUGUUUAAUUUUUAAAGUUGUCUUCGCAAAAUUAAAAAACCCACCAUGACAUGUAUAAUACAUGGUUCAAACAGAUUUGAAAUGUAAUUAAUUUAAAGCUUUAACAGUAUUUUGUCUCCAUGUUACGAUAGUUCAAGUUUAAAAAUCAAAUGAUUUACAAAGUAUAUUGAUUAAGGAAUUCCAUGAAGCUUGAAGCUGCCGGUGUCUAUAUAUAGCUAACUGUAUGGUUGACAGUGAUGUGAUGGAAAAAUAAUAAAUCAAACCUUUGAAUUACAUUUACAUAAUUGUUUUUUUGACUGUCCUCUGCCUGUAUGUUAUGAAAUAAACACUUCAUAUAUAAACAGGGUUGAUUAUCACACUUUUGUCAUUUGCAGUUAUCGUUUCAAAAUCCACUCUGCUUAGUUAAGAUUCCAAUAGUCAUCAAUAUUAUCAAAUAUUUUGCGGUGGGUUUUUUUGCUCUUAAUCAUAUGGGAAGUGGCCAUUUUUAAACAUCUUGGUAUGUGAAUAUAUAUGGUAUAUGAUGAAGCUUCAUUUAUCAUAACCAUAUUUGUACAGUUACAAAAUUUGCCAUCUGCUGUACUGUUGAAUGUACAUGUACUAGUACAUAUACAUAUAACAUAGACAUGAAGGAGCUGGUCUAUGUAUUCCUUGUACAUGUGGGUAAUAUAAGUUUGUGCCAUAUAAACUAUAAUUUUGAUUGAUGCUUUACUAUACUAAAUGAAGUAUAGUGAAUCUAAACUCUUUAUUCACUCCUGAAUAUGUUCGUUUUGGUUUUAAAGUUAUAGGCGAAAUUUUAUUUCUUAUUUCUUUAUUCUCCGAGAGAUUUAGUUAGCCAAACUUCAGUUGACCUAUCUUAAGAUUGCCAUUCACUGCAUACUGCAAAGUUCAAUCAUUUAGGGGAAGUUUAUCUAUUUCCACUGUUUAACAUAAUUCUGCAAUAAUGUCCAUCAGUUGUAUAUGCAGGUACUCGUUAAAUAUAAAUUAUUAAAUGCCAAAAAAUAGGUACCACAAAUUAAACUAAUUCUUUUGCAAGCUCAUACAGGGGUAUGAAAUAAACUUUUAUUUAUUUUUGAAGACACAAAAAUUUAUCUUGCAUUGUCAUGAUCUUUUGAGAUAUAUAAUAACAUGUACUUUGAGUCAAAAUAACAUUGAAAUAUGAGCCCUAUGAAUUAGUUACAAUACAUGUACAAUUUUCAAGGGUGAUGAAUUGAGUUGUUCUUUAGACAAGUUAUAUUCUGUCUUAGAACCAACUCAGUUCAUCACCUCAUGCGAUUGGCCAAAGCAAUAUGAAGUCAGUAUAUUUCAAUGAAACCUGUUUGUUAAUAAUUGGGGCCUGUGUUUAUAAGCCUGUCAUUGAAAUGUUCGUUUUCAUAAACCAUAUACAUGUUGAAAAUAAGUAUCAUUUCAUUCAAUAUUUGUGAGAACACACUAUAUGUAUAACUAUGGAAUUUGUGAUGAUUUUAUAAUUUGGAUAAAUUAUACUGAUAAACACAACGUUUGAUAGGAUUAAUUUUUCAGCUAAUGAAUUCCAGAAAUUUUGUUUUGAAUUUUUGAACCUCUGUUAAUGUUAGAAAAGUUGUUGAAAACUUGUGUGAAGGUGAACUAUCAGUGUCUGUAUCCAUCUUAUGUCUUUUACUGAUUUAAAUAUACCCAACAGUCUUUCAAGUAUGUGCAAUGAAAUCAGAUGUUACUUUGAUUUUAAUUUGUGUCUCUUGGGAUGUAUUUUAUAUUGAUUGAUUAUAAACGUCUCAUUCUGUAGUACAAUAUACCAGUAUUCAAGUUAUAAAUGUGUUUUAUGUCUAAAAGUAUAGUAAAUUAUGUAUAAAAUGUAUAUUGUUUUACUAAUUCACCCCUGAAGACACAUUUGAACUCUUCCAAUUCAAAAAAUGGAGUAGUUCAUAAUGAAAUUUCAGAGGUGAAUGAGUUAAUGGAUUUUCUGAUUCAGUAAACAAAGAUGUUUACUAAACUUCUAUUCACUAGCACUCUGUUAAAAUGUUCAAGUAAUUAUAGAAUGAAAUUCAAGUUUUGGAAAAUAAAGCUUAUGCACAUGAUAAAAACCGAAGUAUAAAUAAUCAUAACCGUUGAAUUUUGGGAAAUAGUUAUCAAAUUUUUAUAUUUAAAAGUAUAUAAGGUUUCUUUAUGCAUACUGACAUUUAUAUUUAUUCUAAAAGAUUUGAUUAAAGUUUGGAACUCCAGAGACUGGUAACCUACCUUGUUUGCUUAAAGUUUGCAUAUAUUUUACGGAUUGUUAUCCUUGUGUGCCGUUUACAUUAAAAAUUAAAACUUCUAUAUUUUGUGCAUGUAUCGGUGUUCAGAUUGUGCAGAUUGAGCAGAAAUGUUAAAAUAUUGUAAAAAAAAUUACACAUGUAUGAUUAUAUAUAUUUUUACCUGUUUAAGUGAAUUCUUUAUGAUACAAAAACUUGAGUAAACCAGAUCUUCCAUGUACGUACCUCUGUAGAUAUUGCUGUAUUUAAUCUGAAAAAAGUCCUUCCAAAGAAUACCUUGUUCCAUGGAGUGUUAGGCUUAUGCUUGGUAUGUAAUCUGACAAUGUGUCCUUGUUUCAAUUUUUUCCAUUUAAAAAUAAAGGUAUAAUUUUUUUGAAUAUUUUCCAUAGGUUUUUCAGUAAUUUUGUUCAAAUCCACAUUUACAUUCUGUUUCAAAUGCGUUGAACUCCUUGAAAUCCUCUUUUGGCUUUUCAUCUCUGAUCCGUUACCAACUAAACACUAGUUUUCGGAAUCAAUGUUGAAGUACUGUGAUUCUGAGAGAGGCAAAGUGGACUCUUUAUUUCAAUAGUACGAAAUAGCUCAGAUGUUUCUCAGUUAUGAUAUUUUGCAAAAACUAUCAACUGGGUCAUGUCAGUUUGAUAGAGCUUAGACUUUAUGCUGGGGAAAUUCCUGCACUGUGGAACAUUUGACUUUUACUAAAUCAUAAUUAAAUGACAAGGUAUGCAUUUUCUGGUAGUACCUGACAAUGCAAUAAUUCUUACUUUAAAUUGUGUUAUAAUUACCAUAUGGUUAUUUAUGAUUUGUUACUUAAUCCAAAUACACUUCGUUUAGUUUAAUUGAAAUGUUUGUUUGCUCAUAUUAAACACGUUUUAUCAAAUACAUGUACAAUUUGUUUAUAGUCUUCCCGAUAUUAGAGAUAUUAUGAUCAUAAUCCAUCAAAUGUUGAACUUGGAAAUAAAAUAUU